CCCCUCCCCUCCUUUCCUCUUUCACAAAAAUUAUGGCACUUCGCAGCUUAGCAGAUGAUAUGAAUUUGCAAUUAUCUGACGACGAAUCUGAUGAUCUUUGGAACUCGCCUUCCAAGCUCGGAAAUAAUCGAUAUGCCUCCAAAGCGGUCAAGGAGGAGAGCUUGUCACCCGAACCGACAAAAGUCUCUGCCCAUGAUGAUGGAGAGACGAUUUUUGACCGCCAAGAGGCGCGUGAAGCCGCUUUGCGCAGCGAGCUAGAGAGCGUUCGUAAGAUUAAUCAAGUCAUUGAGGGUCUCCUUGGGAGCCUCGACCGUGCCAAAGGGAACAUGGAUACUGUUUCACGAACGCUCGACUCCGCUUCUACUCUCCUGAAUACCUGGACUCGGAUUCUCUCCCAAACCGAGCACAAUCAGCGUUUGAUCCUCAACCCGAACUGGCAAGGUGCAGUUCAAGAUGUGGCCGACUCGGAACACGAGGAACUUCUCCGGCAGCAGGCUGCCGAGAGACGCGAACGAGAGCUUCAACAACAGCGAGAAGCUGCUGCCCGCAAGGCUGCGGAAGAGGAGAGAAAGAGAGCCGCCGCGGCCAGCGCCAGAGGCACCCGCGGGUCGAGUUAUGGACGAGUGCGCAGUGGCUUGGGAAGAACUUCUGGCAUCUCAUACUCGGGCACACGACCUGGCGCCACACGGACCACGGCGUCCUCAACCACAACGGGGAGACCACCUACGACUAGUACGACACGUAGACCGGCUAGUGGGAUUGCGAGGGGCUCGGGGAUUGCGCGUGGUCGCGGCCGGGGCUAAAAUGGUAAAUACGGCAUGACGAUUGUGGAUGCGACAUGUAUAAUAUAAGACAAAUGAAGGACGCACUCAGAUAUUGUGAUAAUU